UUUAGGCGCCGCUUUUAUGUUUUAAACAGGCCCCUAAACGUUAAGGUUUUUGGAUGUCUGAUUACGAUUUUUAUUUUUCCCAAUCUCAAAUUCGUGCGUGGGCAUGAUUAGAAUUUGAGAUUACAUCAUUUAGGUUGUGCUCCAGGGAAUUAUAAGAUGGGAAGCGGAUCUCAGAUCAAGUAUUCAACUAGUUACUACGACUGUGAUACUGAGAUCAUUGAAUCAUCCAUCGGGGGAGAAAAUAUGGAGGAAAAUGAUGACGAGGACACACAACCGUUUGAAGAUACAGUGCCACUUGAAAGCACUGUAGCACUUGAAGACACAGCUGUGCUUGAAAAUGUAGCUCUGCUUGAAACACAACUGGUAGAUGAUGAUAAAAAUCAAGAAGAAAGACUUCUGCCACCGAGAGAGAGGGGCAGAGAUGCUGGUGCUGACAAUGCAGUUAAUGUGGUCAAUAUACAAGGUGAUACAGAGGCAAAGACUCAAUUAUUGGAAGACUUCCAACUAGAUAAUGGCAUCUCUAGUUUAAGAAACCAGACACAUAUGUAUACAGUAGUUGAUAGUGAUGAUGAAAAUGGUGGGGAAACUGUACUCUUGAGUGAAGACGAUGAUGCAUCCGAUGGUAGGUCUAGUCCACAGAGAGUGGAUGAACUGAAACUCAAUCAGUUUCCAGUUGAAGCUGCUCCAUUGCCGACUACUCGGCAUGUUAAAGAAACUUCUCUGACUCAUUCCCGUGACAUGGGGAAGGGGUUUUCAUUCAACACUGUAAUUUCACACCAUGAACUUGAGCAGAAACCUUUAGUUGAUUCAGAUGCUUUGACCGAAGAUGAAUGUGAUUUAGGUAUUCUUCCUCAAAAAUCAAGCCAAAAUAACAAGAAGCUGGAUGGCAGCAGGGCAUUGCUUCAGGAGUGUGAACCAGACAGCAAAAAUGAUAGUCAUAUAUCAACUUCGCAUUUGCUGUCUGAUGAUUUGAAUAAUCUUGAUGCAAUUCAGAGUGUUUGUACUGGCAGGCAGGUGAAAACGGAUUCCGCUCCUGCUCAUAUUACUAGAGGAAAUUCUCAUGAUUUAUCAUCAGCUUCUACACCUAGAUGUAGAAACAUUGCUUCUACACCUAGAUGUAGAAACAUUGCUUCUAUUCGGGCUGCAUCCUUGAGAGCAUCUGGACUGCGUGCUUCAGAGAUGCUAUCUAAAACAAAGGAAAUAACUGGAGCGCAGGGUGCUAAAAAUGAGUGUGAUGGAAAGUAUGAUUCCCAUUCCCUUUCAAUUCUUGGAAUGUCCAAACCUGUUCAAGUUAUGAAGAGCGACCCAGCUUUCCCAUCAAGUCCUAAGUUUAGAACUGAAAGCUUGAGAGCAAGAAGACUUUUCCCUGACACUGAAUCUAUAGAAGUCAAUGAAAUGAAAGCCAGGGAUGAAUUUGAGUUACGUGAUAACACGAAGGCCAGAAAUAACAAUAAAGAAGAUAAUGCACCAAGAGCGAUACACUCUAACAAUGAUGAACAAAUGACCAUGUUUGGAAACAAGGAAGAUGAUAAACCAAGAGCUGAAAUUGUUGUUAAGGAAGAUGAUGGGUCAAGUGGAAGUUUUGAAAAUGAGAAAGAUGAUAUUCUUAGGAAAGGAGCCUCUAAUGCUGUAGAUUCACAGCAGCUUAAGUCAAGAGGACUGCAAGAGCUUGGCCAUGGUAAGAAAACACCAUCUUAUUCUAUUUCUGCUGGUUUAAGCUAUGCCGAUUCACAGGAACCAGGGGAGCAAUCUCAAGCUGAUGCAUUGAAUAUGGUUGACAAAUUGGUGUGGCUUAAUACAACUGGUUUUUCACAAGACCCAGCACCCCCAAAAUUGCUUGCAAUGACUUACUCUGGGCCUUCAAGUGCAAAUGGACCUCAAAAUCUUGCCCAGUUGGUUGAAUCUAAAGGUCCAACUGAAAACAUUGGAGUUUUUGACUGGGUUGAUAGCCAAAAUUAUGAAGCUGGCAGACAGUGUUUUGGUAAGAAUAGCCAAGGUGUUUUGGCAUCCACAAAUAAGGCGGAUAAAUUGAAGACAGAAUCAAAGCAGCGUGGAUGCAGGUAUCAUAAGAGCAAACAUGAGUCUUCAGUUCCUGAUGCAAAGGCCGAGAAUAUUGGAAAGAACAAAAGCAAAAUUCUUUUGCAGGCUCUCCAAAAGGUUGCUAGCUCAGGUGCUUCAGAAGCUAACCUAUCAACGGCUUCCAAUUCAGCAUGUAGGAUACAAAAUAAAUUUGAUGUGGCGAAAGAUCGAGAGGCAAAUGUUACUGUAUUCAAUGGAAAUAAAUUACAAUUUGCUUCUGAUACUUUAAGAUUUUCUAAGAGGUUACGAUCAGUUAAGGAACAGAACCAUGACAAAAAUAAGACUGAUGCUCCUGAUGAGAAAGAACUCGUAGUAGAGAAACUUCCUCUGAAUUCAGGAGAAGCUUGUGACCAACAGGUGAAAAAAAGUCUCACUUGCAGGGACUCAUUGGAUCUAUCCAAUAUUGGCAAUGAUACCCAAUUGGCUGCUGAAGCAAUGCAGAUAAUGUGCUUGGAGAUUCCUCACAAUCAGGCUACCGAGGAUACUUUUAUGGUGGCCAAAAGAGGUUGUACUGAAUGGGGAGAUUCCAGAAAGAGAAAUGGUAGAGGAUUACACAAGGCAUCUGAACGUCAUAAUUCUAGAAAGAGGACGUUGUCAGAUACUGACCAUGGAACCUGUGAAAAUUAUGCAAAUCAAAAGAGAACUUCAAGGAAUUCUGUGGCUACACUGGAAGAAAGUAGCCGAGUCCAAUGGGCAGAAGAUGAAGAAAAAUUGCAAAAUAAGGAUGAGGGCAGGAAAUCUGAAAGACUAAGAAAGUCCAAACAAGCUGGAAAAGAGAAAUUGGAAUCCAAUAAUAAUCCUGCAUAUUCUGAAGCUUGGAAAGAAAACAACGAUACAGUGGAGGACUCUUUAAAAGUUCCAAAAAGAAAGAGGUCAAACAUGGAGGAAGCAAUAAAACCAGCUGAAGAAAUUCAGUUAGUUGGAGCAGGUGCACGAGUAGGAUGCUUUACAAGACAAAAAUUAAAGCUGAACCAAGGAGAUCUAUGUGAAACAGAAACUAAUUCCAAGAGUUCUGGAGCUGAUCAAAAGGGGAAUAUCUUAGAGGAUUCUGCAAAAGUUAUUAAGAGAAAAAGGAAAUUGGCAACUGAUCUAACAGAACCUGCAAGAGUUCAGUCAGUUAGGAAAGCUAAGGGUGGAAUGCAACUCAUUGCCGGUUCAGCAGCAAUAUGUUCCACCAGACAAAUAAAUAAAAAGAUUGUGGAGAAGCAGAAACCUGAAACACAGAUACAUAGGACAAUAGAGGAGGACAAAGACAUGUUAAAUAAUGUUGCAAAGGUUGUCAUUAGCAAAAGGAAACAUGCUGAUGUAGAAGAGAUAUCAUACAAGCAAAUAUUUUCUCCGGGUACACAGUUAUUAAAAUCACAACCAAGCAAAGAUGAGAUGUCAACUAGUGCAAACACAGAAGAGACAUGCCUUCGGGCAGGGGAUGUAGCAGUAACAUCUUCCUCACAAGCAAAGAGUUUGCUGCAAGAGGAAAAUCUUAAGCUUGAUAAACAAAGCGUUUCCAAGAGUUCUGACACUCAUGGUGAGAAUAGAGAUACAUCAAUGGACUUAUCAAAAUCUGUGAGGAGAAAGAGAAGUAAGACAAACAAAGAGGAAAGAAAACUGAACAAAUCUAUAUCCACUGGAGAGGGUUUGCAUGUUGAUACUGCUGACAGAGACUUACGGCAGAAGGUAGGAGAAAGUACAGCUGUGUGUACUACCAGGCAAUCUGUGCGCAAUUUAGGACUGGCGAUUGGUUUACCAAUUUCUCCAUUUACUGCCAUUGAUGGAGAUAAAUCUGACCACAAUAACAUGGUUGCAGAAUCAAGUGCACAGGGCCAAAAAUCUAGGGGAAGAAAGACAGUACUUACUGCUCCAAGUGAUUCAAAGCUUGCAAAUCAUGGAACUUCAGCAUAUCCAAAUAAAGAUGAAGUGCAAUUAAAUGAUGCUUCUGUAGACGUGAGAUCUCCCUUUCCAUGCCAGACUGAAAAUAUUAAUUUUAAAUCACCUGCUAUCACUGGAUUUGGCCAGAAGGCAACACGGUCAUCUUGUAAAGUACUGCUGACAAAAGGGACUCCUAAAUCAACACUUAAAAGAGAACUCGGUCAGUUAGUUUCACCAGAGAGUGGCCAAUCACUAAUUUUGAAGGAUUCUGUUCGGAAGAGAAGAGAGCCAAGCAGCAUCCGUGUUUUGUUUAGCCAUAGCUUGGAUGACGAUAUUGAAAAGCAGCAGAAAAAGAUUUUGGCAAAACUUGGAGGUCAGCUUGCAUCUUCAGCAGCAGAUUGUACUCACUUUGUCACAGAUAAGUUUGUUAGGACAAGGAACAUGCUAGAAGCAAUAGCUGCUGGUAAAUCAGUUAUAACACACUUAUGGUUGGAGAACUGUGGUCAAGCAAGCUAUUUCAUAGAUGAAAAGAAAUACAUUCUGAGGGAUGAAAAGAAGGAGAAAGAGAUUGGGUUCAGCAUGACUGCUUCCUUGGCAGUUGCACAACAAAAUCCUCUUUUACAGGGAAAACGAGUAUUCGUCACCCCCAGUACAAAGCCUGAGCAAGAAUCAAUUAUAUCUAUGGUUAAGGCAGCAAAUGGGCAGGUUUUGAAUGGCCUGAAAGGAGCCCUUAGCAAGGAGGAAACUAUGGAAAGCGUAAUUGUCAUAUCUUGUGAAGAAGACUACAAAGUUUGCAUCCCUCUUCUAGAGAAAGGUGCAAGGAUUUAUUCCCCCGAGUUUCUAUUGAAUGGAAUUGUUGUUCAGAGGCUGGAUUUUUUCAGAGAUCGACUUUUCACAGAUUCUGUGAAACGGCCACGUUCUACAAAAAUGCAUUCAAGGCAGAGGACUUGAUCAUCACUAGUAAAAUCAAAAUGUUAAUAUCUUGUAAAUUAACAUGUUUAAUAUUGAUGUAAACAUAUUUAGAUUAUUUCUUUUAUCAGCAGUGAGCAUUUUACGAGCAUGUAAAAUUCCACUUUGCCUUCGUAAAGAGUUAUGCUGGUACUUACCUGUACAGACAAGUUCUUUAUUAUCACAUGUAGAAACAAGCUUUCUCAUUGUGGCAUAUAUAAUCAAUUUCACUCUUUUUUUUUCCA